AUGGACGUGGAAACUGAAACAACCCUCAAACCAACCGACCAAAGCACACAAGAUGCCAACGACCUCGCCGAACUCGGCCACGAGCAAACACUUGCCCGCAAGUUCAACAUCUGGAGCAUGCUAGCGUUAGCAUUCUGCGUGCUAGGAACAUGGUCUACCUUUGCCCAGGAUCUUGCCGAUGGUCUGAUCAACGGCGGCCCCGUCUCUAUCCUGUGGGGACUGUCUCUUGUUACAUUUUGCAACACCUGUGUCGCCCUCUCGCUGGGUGAGAUCUGCAGCAGCAUGCCUACUGCCCUCGGACAGGCAUAUUGGAUCUACCGUCUCUGGGACUCACGCUUUGGACGCUUCCUAUCCUAUAUGUGUGCUUGGAUCAAUGUUUUUGGGUGGUGGACACUGGCCGCCUCCCAGGUGGCGUUUAUGACCAAUUUCCUUCUCGGUAUGAAGGUUAUGUUUAGUCCAUCUUGGACUGGUGCGUCAAAAGGGUGGCUUGAGUUUGUGGUUUAUAUUGCAUGUGUGUUUGCCCUCACACUGAUUAAUGUGAUGGGGUGUCGGAAGGACAAGUUCCUGCCAUGGCUGAACAAUUUUGUCGGAGUCUGGUUCUUUGGAUUAUUCUUCGUUUUUUGCCUUGCCCUGUUGAUUUCAGUGGGAACCAAAGAAGGCCUUUUCUAUCAGCCUGCCUCUUUCGCAUUUGGAAAAUGGAUCAACCAAACCGGCUGGCCCGAUGGCGUUGUCUGGUUCAUCGGUCUAGUCCAGGCUGCAUAUGGACUGACUGCCUUUGAUGCCGUUAUUCACCUGGUAGAGGAGAUUCCGGCACCUCGCAAAAAUGCCCCGAAGGUGAUUUAUCUUUCUGUGAUCUCCGGAGCGGUCAGCGGUUUCAUCUUGAUGAUGGUCUGCCUCUUUUGUAUUCAAAAGGUGGACACAGUGGUGGACUCGCCUAGCGGCCUACCGUUCAUGGAACUCGUCCAAGAAACGGUGGGUCAGACGGGCGGUGCAGUAUUGAUUGCCCUGUUUAUCACGAAUGGCCUUGGGCAGGGAAUCAGCAUCGUGACCACGGCAUCCCGCCUCACCUGGGGCUUUGCCCGUGAUGGUGGACUCCCCUUUAGCACCUACCUAUCGGAGGUGAGUCCUUACUGGAAGGCCCCCGUUAGGGCGCUCUGGUUCCAGGGCGGAAUCAUAGCACUCGUCGGGGUUUUAUUCCUGUUCGCAGAGACCGUGUUAAACGCAAUCCUCAGCGUCAGCACCAUCGCUUUGACCAUCUCAUAUGGGCUGCCCAUCAUGACCCUACUCCUAAUGGGCCGCAAUAAACUCCCACAUGGUGGCCAGUUCAACCUUGGGAGACUGGGUGCACCGGUAAACUGGGUCUCCCUUGUGUAUUGCUGUGUGACCACCGUUUUCUUUUUCUUCCCUAGUACACCCAACCCCUCAGGUGGUGAUAUGAAUUACGCUAUCGGCGUGUUUGGCGUCAUGCUUGUUAUCGCUGUAUCUUUCUGGUUCGUCCAGGGCAGUCGCACCUAUCUCAACACCGAGGACUCUAUUCCUCAUGUUAUUCAAGCCCACGCGGUUGCGAAUGAUCCGCUGCCUGGGCCAAAGAAGGAAGGUCUAUGA